AUGUCUCAAGCAGAGGAGAUUUCUCCAACGCCGCCAACCGCUAUUGUUAGAGUGGGCAAGCCUCGGCUCGACAGAUAUCAAAGACUCAUCGCCCGGCUGUAUGAGGCAAUGAUACUUCUUUGGAUCGAACAGCCCGUUCAAGGUCCACAAGUCACUGUCAAACACGACAAUAUCAGCUUGACCGCCUCUCGCCGCCGACUCACAACAGGACUAGCCCACUAUUGUGACUGGGAUAAGGGCGGUAGAGCCACGACAUCAAUUGGUAUCGAAGACUCUGAAGAAAGUUCCAUUUUUUGGGUGGCCUCAAAUCAGGGUUUUCAGCAGAGAGAGUUUGCUUCGGCCCAUAGGAUACCGACAUUCUUGAGACAAACAUUACGACGCCUCCAAGAUGUGACCCGAGAGCCAGAUCCCAGUGCAGGUUGGCUGGCUCAUCAGAUAAAUAAUCUGGCUAGGUCCUUCGCCGCCUUUGCAACCCCUAGGAUUAGGAAAGAAGCAAGCCUGCUGUCGAGGAUGGCAACGUUAUGCAUUGGUCAUUUGAAUGGGUCCGUGACUCGCCGCGGUAACGUGACUGAUACUGAAGCAAGAGAUCUAAAAAGAUGGCUGAAAAGAUUCCAAUCCCGAGAAGCCCUAGGAGCCUACGAUAUAUGCAUGUUGGCCUACAUCUCUCGGAACGAUCGACAGAUGGACAUACUUCUACGACUGAGUCAAGAGGUUCUUGUCGAAGAAGGCAGUGAAUCACUAGCAAAAGUCUCUUAUCUAGCGAGACAUUUUGUGGGAAGGCUCGGCGAUCACAUCCGCGUUUCGAAGCAUCUUGUAGAGGAUGCUUUGCGCGUGAGAGAAGUCCUUGAUGUAUUCCAAGUGUCCGAGGUCCACGCCCCGUUGUGUGUGCAGCCACCAGAAAUUGAUUCCCAUACCAACCUGGACAGCAUACUGGGAAGAAUGAUUUCGAAAGAGGAUGAAGAGUUUUCCUAUCUCCAGAAAGACCUCUCCCGCUUCAAGAAUCAUGUUGGAUUGGAAGAUCGAAUCAAAGAGCAAUUCCUCAAGCUACAGUCGAAUCCUCCAAUAGUGCACUGCGAAGUUCAAGUCCUGGAGCAUUUUCACAGAAACGGAUUGCGCUUCACAGAUGGCGACCGCUUUAUUGGCACUAGCAAGUUUUCUUGCUUCUGCUGUAAGCUAUACUAUCGAUAUCACCCAUCGAGACCAGUUGAACCUGAUGCUCACGAACAGAUUUACCUCAACUGGGGGCCAAUUAAUCUACCUGAGGGAUCUUACGAUGAAUCAUAUCGAGAAUUGAGAGAUACACUUAAUCCCCUUAUUCGUGAUAUUCGAGAUGCGUUUUUCAGGGCUAUAAAAAGGAAGAAUAUCUCAGCUUUCAACCGUCCCAAUUCGAUUACCGGAUUGACUCGUUCGAUAGAUACUCUAGUUUGUGCUGACUCGGAUAGUGAAGCAGAUUCGGAGCAGGAAGGCGGAGCUGCGUUGAGUGAUUCUUCAAAGUUGAGUCGACGAGCGCAGAUAUUUGUCUGUGAUGUAACUACCAGACUGCAGCGGUAG